CUGCAGAUCUGGAAGGAUAAACCUUUCUUAUACGUGCUGAAUCUUUUUACGCCAAGGCACUCCUGUUUCCGGGGAAGUUAAGCUGAGACCCAGCAGUAGCUGAGGGACGGGCAUUUUCCAAGGUCAGAUGGACGCUCGUUGCCGUUCAGAGGCUAAACAUGUCCUGUAGGCAGGAUGGCGUCGGGAGCUGUCCAAGAGGUUGAGGUGCCUCCCAGCGGCCGGAGGAUGAUGGCUCGUGCUUGCGAUGGGCGGCUCUUGUGCUGACGAGCCGAGAGGACGAGCCGCUUCCCUUCGGGCCUGGCCCUCGGCGCCAUGAUGGGAGAGACCCAUCAUGAUUUCACCACCAGUGAUAUUGAGGCCGGCGUCCCGAACAAAGACAGAAGCUUCAAGCCGUUUGGCAAGAAAGAUGUCGGUGAAUUGGGCGGCUCGUUUCUGGACAGUUUGGAGUCCCGCAGUCCACAGUCCAGGACUGAGAAUGGGCUCAGCGCAGUCGGCGUCAAGGACAAAGAGCCUCACAACCAGCGGGAAGCUGUGAUCCGCCCCCAGCAAGCCGGCAAAAUAGACUUCAAGUCCCUCCAGAACCGGCCCAAGUUCCUCAGCGACGGCCCCUGGGGUGCGGUCCAAGGGAGCCCCCAGUCCCCCCCCGGGAAGAGCCGGGCCAGGGAGAAGACCCGGCGGCCGGGGAAAGGGGAGCGGGCCGGCCCCCAGCAGCUCUACCGGCUCGCCAUCAGCAGCGCCCGGCCCAGCCCCACCAUUGGCAUUGCUUACCCGCAGCAGAAGGUCACCCCUCCCAAGAAGGCCGACGUCGCCCAGGGCGGGGGCGUCUCCGGGCGCUUCCACUUCCACGUCCCCGAAAGAGAGGCAGAGCUCCCACAGGAGGACCGAGGCUUUGCCCGAGGCUUCCCGGAGGCUGCCUCCACCCACCUCUCCAGCAACUAUACCUCAUCGAUAGCAACCCCGCGGUUGACCCACGCUGCCAAGAUCCAGCCACCCCUCAGCCUCCCUCACGAAAGUCCCAGCCCCAACAGGCCGUUGCAUUAUUUGGAUAAUGGGAGCCACGCGUGGCCAUCACCAGACAGAAACCUCCCAGGUGCUAACAGCAACGGACUCGUGGCCCCGAAGCCCUGCCCCUUCCCGGAGAGCGGCAAGCCCAGCGCGCACUCUCUGGCGGCCCUGUCGUUUCACUGCCCCUUCCAGCCGACGCCCAGCCCGGCGACGGAUCCUUUCCCCGGAGAUGACGCUGCUGCAGAUUACGUGGACCUCCCCUUGGCCUCCGGCCAGGCGUCUCAUGGUGCUUUUGCCUUCCAUUCUUCCUCCAGGGACUGGAAAGAGGAUGCUCUCGCCCUCGGGUCCUGCAACGGCUUGGCCCUAGAGAGCCGGGCCUGUGGGCUGCCCUCUCUGCCCCCUUCCUUCCUCCCGUCGCAGGCCCCGGGGCCUUUGCCAGGCUACAAGGGAAGGAAGGAACACCCCACUGACCACAAUGGUGCUAUUUCUCCUCUUGGUGCUAUGGACCAAAACUCAAGCACUUUCCAAGAAAACCCAGCCCUCUUCCCCGCUGGCUUCCAGGUCUCUAGUAAGCGGCCGCCCUCCUUGAAAGAGGGCAUCGCCAGCCAAAGGACCCUGGACCCUGGAAACGCUCUGUGGAGGGCGGUGCCCCCAAUCCCUCUCCCCCAAGUGCACUUUCAGAACAAAGCCUGUAGUGACCCUCCGGCCGGCGGCCUCCCUCCCAGCUCCGUGCCUUUCGAAAAGACCCUUCCCUCCGUGGCUCAAGCCCACGGGCGGCUCCUGCAGCCAUGGGAGGGCAGCCGGAAGCCCCACGCCCCCGUGGAAGAGGGCGCCACCGCCUACCUGAGCCCUCUGGGCAGCCAGCAGCCCUUCGGGGGCCCUUCGGGGCUGGAGUCGUGGCAGCACAUGAAGAAAUCCUGGCCGCAUCUCCAGCUCGCCUCAGUGCUGGCCGGCCAGAGCAGGAUCGAGCGGCCGAGGAAGCUGGCCGGCCAGAAGCUGCCUUUCCUCCUGGAGGCCUCGGAAUGGGAGGGCAGUGGAAAGGCGCAGAAGAGCCCUGCCGGCUACGCAGGGGGCAAACCCCCCUUGGCCGGGGAGGGGACCCUCGCGCAGAGGCAGGAUCCAGACCCGCAGCCCUGUAGUUCGGCCCACGCUUUCUGCUUUGAAGGGGCAAAGGAGGCCGAGUCUCCCCGGGCGGGCACUCCCCGGGCCAGCAAGGCCAGGUUCUUUGGCCUGCCCGCCGACUCCCACCUCCCUUCCAUCCCAGCUUUCACGGUGCCACCAUCAGCUUUGACCACGUCCCCGGAUGAGUCACCCGUCCCAUCGCCUGCCCUCAACCCCCCGAGCAGCAGUACCUGCUCUUCUCUCUCACCCACCUCGAGCAGCCCCAGCCGCUUUGAAGACGGUGCUCCCCUCAACACGCCCACCUUCUUCCACCACCCGUGCCAUCCAAAGAGCAGCCACAAGCCCUUCCAGGCUUCGGAGUCGCUGAGCUCUGGCGCAGCCCAGUGCCCGGCGGCAGACCCGGUCCAGGCCCUUCUCCUUACCCAGGGCACCCCGAAGCAGGAGCUCCUCCACAGAGCCCUCCCGGCCAAGGGCCACGUCCACGAGCCGUGCCCGGAGGCCUCCAAAGGGGGCCUGGAGAGCUUGGAAGCCGAACUGCCUCCUCCACCUUAUUCCUCCCAUCACUUCCUGGCCAGCUCCCUGAGCAGCGCCAGCCUGGACCAGCUGGACGUCUUCCUGACCUGCAAACAAUGUGACCACAACUUCAGCAACCUCUCCUCUUUUUUGGAGCACCGCCAGUUCUGCAGUUCCCACCUGGUGCUCCAGAGUCAGGCCAAAGAGGCUCCCCAUGGAACCGAGUGCAGGAGACAGCCCCCCGCCUCUCCCGCCCCCGGAAAGCAGGCGCCAGGGGUCCCGGGGCUCCUCCUGCCCCUUGAGCCUCAUUCGCAGCUGAUGGCUUUGAGCAAGGUGUCCGAUUUCCUGGUGGACGAAGAGGGCAAAGGGGAGCCCAAGGACGACUCACUGAGGGCAAACUCGCUCAGCGGCCCAGCUACCAACCCUUUGCCGCUCAGCGCUUCCGACUUGGAAAUUGAUGAUGCCAAGUUGGAUAGCUUGAUCACAGAGGCUCUAAACGGACUUGGGUACCAGUCGGACAACCCCGAGAUUGACAGCAGCUUCAUUGACGUCUUUGCUGAUGAGGAACUGGCCUCGGUCAAGGUCACCAGUGGGGGGAUGCCUUAUAAACCGAAAGAGGACUUGCCUUCAGGGAAGAAGACGAAGCACACGGACACCGAGGAGAACGUCAGAACAUUGAGCUGCUACAACAAUCACCCUGGCAGAGAUCUGUCCAAAGACAAGGCCUCUGGGAAGCAACACGGCCCUAAGGAGGGAGGGAUGAGCUGGCUUCCUGUCCACGGGGAGGGCAGUCUCGAAACACCGAGCAGCACAGAGCUAUCUCAGAGUCAGGGGGUGGGUCCCAAGAUGUUGGGUGGGGAGCCUAGGGAUUCAGGGGCCCAAGCAAAGGGAGGACAGCGAGAGGGCAGGAGUAGCACCCUUCUGCACAGGAAACAGGGAGCUAAAGUAACACCAGCCCCCAAGCAGCCGAAGAGCAGCGUGUCUCUUCCCGUGAACCGACUCAGGUCUACCAGCAGGUCCAUGGCAGCCAAAGGGAACAUCAAAGACACCAAGAAGCAGAAGCUGCGGAGCGGCACUUGGAGCAAGGAGCUCAUUCAUAAAAUUGUCCAGCAGAAAAACAAGCUCCACCAACUGCAGACCAAAGGGGGCGAAGUCAUGUCCUUCUCCUUGCUUGCGGACCGCCUGGUUCCAGAAAUGAAGGACAGCAAGUUUGGCGAGUAUGAAUACAUCUCGGAGUCCGACGACGAAAGAGUGGAAUACGCCAAGCGGCACUGCCGAAGGAGGCUGGGCUCCAGGCUCAACGGGCGGCUGAGGAGUAGCUUCGGCAGGAGGCGCCCAGGGAGGGGUGGGCGGGAGAAGGAGAAGGAGCCCCCCUGGAGGUUCGGCCCCAGGAGGAGUCUUGGGGGGGAAGAGCCCCCAAGAGCCGCCGGCAAGGAGCCCAGGAGGAAGGAGGAGCGCCUGGCCCGAGGAGCCUGGAGGAGAAGCAGCCGGUCGUCCGCCAGCAGCUGCCAGAGCACAAGCAUCUCCAGCGAAACCAGCACCAGCUCCCCGACGAGCACGGAGCGGGCAGACUCGGACACCGAGAAGGAGAGCGAGCCGAGGAAGAGGCUCCUGCCGAGAAGCUCCGAACAGGCCUGGCCCCUUGCGAGAGAACGGCAGGUGAUCCUUGGGAAGGAAACGGCAGGGAGCCACCCAGCCAAACCCCACCCUGUGGGUUUCAAGGCCUCUCGGAGGGAGAGUCUGAACGUCGCCCGGGUCCCUUACGCCCACGAAGACGGAGCUUGGCUCCACGCCGAGGAGAAGCCGCUUCACACCAAGGGUGCCCUCGACAAUGGCUCCAGUGUGCCCCUUGGCCCCAAAGAGUCAGCAGAGUAUGGCAAGGGCUGCCCCCGUGACGGCUGCCGGGCCGAAGCGGCAGCCUUAGAGACCGACCCAGGCGGGCAGGCAGCGAAGCGACACGCCCAGCCCUUCCCUUCCUAUCAUGGGCAGACCUCGAAAUGCCAAGAGGAAGAACAAAUGGACAGCCCCUCCUUCGGCCCGCAUGGCCUCCCCAGCGAUGGGAGCGCCAGCUACAGACAGGCGGACACUAAGGACUUGAGGAAACCAGCAGAGUUCAUGGCACCCGUCGGCUCUUUCAGCAACACUCCCGUUGGCGCCAGGAUUGCGGGUAAAGGGCCGGUCGCGCCGGUGGACGUCGCUGGAAUGUUUUCCGACUGCAAGGGACUGUCCGACCGCUGCGAGCCCUCGUCCCUCUUCUCAGGGGCAGUGUCCAUGGAGCCGUCACCCAGCGCCAGCUUUUACUUGUGCCAGGGGGACCUGGAGGCCAGCUCGUUCAAGGAGAAGCCCCACCAGACAGUGCCUUAUAGAGCCGAGAAUGAGCCAGCCGCUGUCUCCACCCCGCUCGGCUUCGAUUCCUCCUCGGUCUUUGGAGAGCUCCCUUCGCCCGCAUUUGAUGAUGCCUUGUAUGAGGGUGCAGCUUCCAGCAAGGCCAGUUAUGUCCCCUUCGAGUGCCCUGGGCACCAGCUUGGCAAAAUGGCGCCCUUUGAGCCGCACUACUCUUCCUUCCUGCACGAAAAGGGCUGGGCCUUGAUGGAGGAAGGCCCCCCCAUUUUGCCGGACGAACUCUCCCAGUUCCAUAGCCUCCCAGAGGACAAGCCAGAAGCCAAGAGGUAUCUGGAUGCCCACGGCCCUAAGAGGGUGGCCGACUACAGCGUGCCUUCUUUCCUGAGUGCCAUGUCGGAGGAUGAGCUGGAGAUCAAAAGGCUGGUCACAGAACUGGAGAAUCAGCUUCAGACGGGCAAACUUCACAUGGAGGAGGGGCCCGGUGAACACCCCAUCAUCCCGAAACCUCACACGGAAAGGACGGAAGACCCGCAACAGUUUUUGCCCUUGACAUUGGACCGGGAGAGUGACGGGAAAGGUUUGUUCCUCACCGAGACUGGGUUUGAGGCUGGAAACCUCCUUUCCACAAACCCCUACAGCUGUGAUCACCUGGACCCUGAGAACGGAAGCCACCAGGACCCUUGGCCCUGCUCGGUCCCCUUCAGCCCCCUCGAGGCCACCCUCCACCCACCCUCUGCUUCGGGACUGAUGCUGGCCGAUCCCUUUAGCGCCAAAGGGGACCCAGAAAAACUUUAUGAAACUCUGAAGGAUGCGGAGCUCUCUGGGGACGUCGAUUUCAGUGGGAUGAGGAAUGACCCUCCUGGCACCGUGGCCGACUCCUGCCUCCCAGACCUCAGCAUUGGGGUCGCCAGCUACGCGGAGCAUUUGAUGCAGAGCCCUGACCCACUGCUCCUCAAAACUCUAGAGCCCCCCGAGCUACCGACACACAGGGCUUCCCCGUCAACGGCAGACGCCUUCCUGGAAUUUCCACCAACGGAGAAGAUUUUGGAGGAGGCGGAAGGCCUGGGAUUGUACCACCGCCCGGCUCCGUGCUUGAAACCAGGAUGUGGGCAAGGAGAUGUGACUGGUCAAGAAGCGUCAGAGGGCCAUGUGCUUUCUGGAAUUCCUAGCCCUGUCUGCCCGGAGGAGAAGGAGUUUCCUGAGAGCAGGUCCCCUGAAAGGCUAGCAAGCGCAACACCCCUCCAGAGCGGCCCAGAGGGUCCUGGGCUUCUGGAGGUCCAGCCCGGUGACAGCCAGGCGGUUUCCCAAAGCCCGGCAGCCCACGGCACAGCUGGCGGCGGGGCAGCUGUGCCUAUUGAGUCCUUGGCCUACUCAGAGGAGGCCAAAUACCAGUCGGAUCUCGAAGAGAAGGCAGCCGACCCUUUGCAGCAGUUGCAGUUGCUUGUGGCCCGGACAGCCGAACACAAUGGGGAGGAUCUGCUCCUUCCCCGUUUUCCGGUGGUGCUUCCCACCCCCCACCUGCACAGAAAACCUGGUGUGGAUCCUGGAUGGGAAAAGGAGCCUGCAGGUGCCGUGCCGGGAGAAGGAGAAGAGGUGAGCAAUAAUCCUGCGCUGGAGCAAAGGAGGGCAUUGCUAGCCGAGGAAGAGACGGAUCGCACGACCCAAGCCUCCGACCCCACAAAGCAAGUUCUGGAGCCAGAGAAGCCAAGCGAGCAGCUACAUGAGCAGGUUUCCUCCUGCGUUGCAGGGCAAGCGCUGCUGCGGAGUCCGGAACGACACAACGCCAUGGCAGAGGGACGGCAGCGGCAGCCUAGAAAAGAAGGAUGCUCAAAGGAAGGAGGCAGGCAUAUUCCCCCAGGUGACGUUUCCCCAGAAUGCAGCCCCCUCGCCACCCACAGCAACUCAGGAACAAUCUUGUCACCAAGGGAGGAGGAGGGACCACCAGCAGGCCAGGUUAAGGGAGAGUCGGAGGAAAGUCCAGAGAAAGUGGCCUUGGCAUUUCAGAGUGAGAGGAAGUCCCCUGUCAGCCGUGUCUCCCCAGGGAAUGAAACGCCAGGUGGUGCGCCGGCAACUCUGCUCAAGGCACGCGUCCCCUGCCGGGCUCCUUGGGGUGACGCCUGCCCUGAGGGCCAAGCGCUGGAGACGAAGGAAACCCACCGGGAUGAAAAGGACGGGGCCCAGACGGGACAGCUCCGGCCCGGCCUGUCCCUGGCUCCCUCCCUCCCUCCGUCGGAGGACCGUUACCUUCCACAGGGAACAGAGUUCCGUUUGGGAACUGGCCCAGUUUUGGCACAAGAGAAUAGUCUGGAGAAGAAGCAGGCGGGUUGCUGUGGAGAAGCCUCUCCGGAUGGUCCUCCCCUAAAUGUCGACGUUGCUGAGCAGAAGGACUCCUCACGGGAGGAGGACCCAGGAAGGGUGGCCGGCUCUGACUUUGGAGUUCCACCGGCUGAAGAGACUCGCUGUCUGAAUGCUGCAGAGGGCCAAGCGAGUCCGCUCCUUGCGUGCGAGGGUUCCCCUAGGGCCGGAAAGGGUGCCCCUGGGAACACGAGAUCGACUCCUUCAGAGCACAAAGAACAGAAAGGGGCGCCACAGUUCUCCCCCAUCCCUUCGCCCCUGACCUCAGAGGUGACUGCCAGCGGGCAGGAGUGCUGUGCCAAGGAGGUGGCCCAAGACUUGGCAGGUCCUCAGACCUCUCCUUUUUCUGUGGCAUGCUGCUCCGUUGAUCUAGCCGCCCCUCUUGUAGGCACAGGGCCUCUCAGGGAACUCCAGGGAGACAGCAGCCGACCCCUCCAUGUGCCACCUUUUGGAAAUAAAGAUCCUUCUGACUUGGAAGAGCCACCCAAACCUCUGGACGAUGAGGAGAGCAGCCAGUGUAGUGAGAGGGGCACAGUCACCAGGCCUGCGCCGGUCUCCAGGCAAAACAUCUUCCCUGGCCGGUCUCCAUCGGAGGCGGAUUCUGCUCUGCUUACUGACGGAAGAGCUGGUCAAAAUGUGGAGUUUUCACCAAAUAACCUGGCAGGAGAGGAAAAUAAAAACUGCCCCCACCAUCCAACUCAAACAGAGGUCCUUAGCAGAGAUGCCCAUGUGCCAGCGAUGCCAAGGGCAAACUUCACAGGAGUGGCGAAUGCUGGUGGAGACCAGCCAGGCCGCAAUCACUUUCCUGAAAGGGCCAAGAAUGGGCUGGAGGGUGCUUUGCGAGGGGUAGACUGUGGAGGCCCCGACUUGGAGAAGAAAAACUCAGAAGGGAAGGAGGAUGGAGAAGGGCUCCCCAGCUGCACAGGGCUGGAAGAAAGCAAGAGAGAAAGUCCACGGGAGGCCUCCAAGACUGGGCGACAGCUGGCAAAGAGGAGGAGAGGGUUGCCUUCUGUCUGUGACCUUUGCUUCAUUCCGUUUAAAUCAAAAGUCGGGUUGAUGAGACACAAAGCUGUGAAACAUCUGAAGAAGAACGUUGACCCUUCGUUACAGGAUCCUGGCUUUGCUCCGCCGGAACAAAUGUUAGAGCCAAGCAAGCGACUCUCUAGGAAAAACAGAAAGGCCCUUGUUACAAAAGAGGAGGCCAGCAGCUCAUGGGUUUCGAAGGCAGCCAGUGGCCGACCCUUCCCAAAACCCUGUCGGGGCCAAAGGCAGGAGCCCAGCAGAGAGAUCCAAGAGGUCGUCAGCAAGGUGCUCGGCAACUUAAGUGUCGUUUCAUCCGCCAUCUCUCACAAACUGAAAAGGAUAGACGGUCCCAGUAAGGAGAUUAAAACCAAGCCUAGGAGCUCCUGGGCUGAUGGAUCAGAGGGGUUGGCGUCAUCGAGGUCUCCCAAAAAGGCGACCACAGGAGGAAAAGGAAGAGAAGCCGGUGCCAAAGAGUCAGGGAGCUUUGCUGGAAGGAAACUAAAAGGAAAAGCAAGGAAGGGGAAAGGAAAAGGGCCCUCUAACCAAAAGGAGGCCACCGGGUCUUCUCAGGAGACUGAAGUCCCUUCCGUUCACUCUGAUGGGACUUGUGACCUCUUUCCAACCCCUGCCACCAAAGGGCAGGGAAGCUCUUCUUGGCUGCCUUGCCCUUUGACCUUUAAGGGACCCGAAGGAGGUGCUGGAAGAAGGCCUUCCACGGAUGGGGCCCCUGCGCAGGAGGAGCCUCUCCACGACGCCGAGAGCGGCCCGGAGCUGGCAGGAGAGCCAGGAGGAAAAGGAACAUGGACCACCCGGGAUGAGGGUCCAAGGGCAUCCAAGGACGCCGGGGAGGAAGGAGCGAACAGGGCUUGUGAGGAACAGGAAGGCCACAAAGCUGUGGAAGGGUCUCGGCCGACGAAAGGAAGGGAUUCGGAAGAGAGGAAGGGGACGGUGCCACCAAACAGCCUGCCAGGCCCCUCCGCUGCCCAAGCUUCCCAGCACCUUGACAAGGGUCUCCCUGACGUUGCCUCAGGCGAAGCAACCGAGGCUGCCUGUCCGUCUCCUGGGGAGGCCGAGUCCUGGAGGAUGGAAGACCUUUCACCCAAGGCGGAGUCCCGUGGAAGCGGAGGCGCAGCCCCCGACCUGCAGAGUUUGUUGGAUGACGACGCCACUUUUUCACAGCUUUUCCCCAGAAACGACCGGUUUGCCCGUAGGAAAUGCACGCGUGUGUAUGGCAAGCGGGCCAAGAAACUACUCAGAGCUGCUGCAGAGUGGAAGAGCAAGCCGGAAGGUGGCACAGCGGACCCUUUUACCAUCCGGAUGGCUUCGGACCUUGGGGAUACCGGCUCUCUCUGCGUCACCAGGGAGGAUCCGUGCGAGUACGACACCAUCUCCCUCAACGACACCCUCAUGCUCAACAUGUGUCACGGCAGCAGCACAGGCGUGAGCGAGGUCAGUUCCAGAUCCGCCGACGGCCUGGCUCUGCGGCCGGAUGCUGGACCAAGGGAGGACGGCAGAGAUGUGGAGGCUGCGGGCCAGUUGAGUUUCCUGGAGCAGAAGAACCCGGCGAGGUCUCUCCCAGGCUUCAGCCGCUGGAGCAGCCCCGAGAGGAAAGCAGAGGACGUCCCUGUGGCUGAAGCAUCGCUCAGCCCUCGCCAGGAGCUUGCCGUGGAGGGCUCGGCUGCCGACACCAGUCCGGAACCUCCUGACCUCGAAGAAGAAGCCGGAACGGAGGGGAGCCGGCCCUCGCCUGCGUUUCACACCAUUGAUAUGGAGAUGUUGGAGGCCAAGUUUGAAAUGAGGGACCUGUGCCUCUGCGGUGGGGGGGACGGGGAAGGUCCCCUCAGCCAGGCAGGGGACGAUGGUGCCCACGCCUUUGCUUUCCAGCCGCCUCCCGCCUUGCCAAGCAGGCCUGCGAAAAGCCAGCCGGAGGAAGGGAAGCCCAGCAAAGCCCGAAGCGACCCGACCCUCAAGGCCAAAGACAAGCAGUACAAGUGCAAGGUCUGCUUCCAGUGGUUCCGGACCUUGGGAGAGCUGGACUUCCACAAGCUGAGCCACAGCCCCUCGCCUCCGCCCACCUGCUACAUGUGCGUCCAGAGGAGGUUCAGCUCGCGGGAGCAGCUGCGGGACCACCUGGAGGCGAAGCACGCCAAGAGCAAAGCCGGCCUCUGGGCCUGCGGGAUGUGCCUGAAGGAGAUCUCGGGCGUCGGGAUGUACAAUGAGCACCUGCGGGAGCACGCCACCCAGUUCGCCCGGAAAGGCCAGGCCCAGAAGUCUCUCCUGGCCUUGCCCGGCUGCUUCGGUGAAGACGCUGCCGCCGUCACCAGCUUCCUGAACUCCAUCAUCUAUCGCAAGCCCAGCAAGGCUUCCCGGCAGGCGGAGGCAGGGAGCCGAGGGCCCGCAGGCCCAGAGAGGAAAGGCCCCCGGGAACCUCCUGGGCAGGAAGGCGCCCUCGGCCAGGGGGGGCCCCCGGGGGCCCUGGAGAGGACGCCGCCGCCGCCUGCCCCCUCGCCCAGCCCGCCUUCCCCGGACCCUGCCCUGAAAGCCGAAGGGGCCCAGAAGCUGGCGCACCCGGUGCACCCGGAGUGCAAGGAUCCCUCCCGCGACUGCCACCACUGCGGGAAGCAGUUCCCCAAGCCCUUCAAGCUCCAGCGCCACCUGGUGGUGCACAGCUUCCAGAAGAUCUACCUCUGCCCCCGGUGCCCGAUGUUCUACCAGGAGACCCAGGAGCUGCGGCGCCACCUUAGCCAAGAGCACCCGGCGGCCGAGGCCCCGGAGGUCAAGCACACCACCCUCUACGCCUGCGAGCUCUGCGCCGAUGUCAUGCACGUGAUAAAGAAGUCCUUCAUCUGCAGCGCCUGCAAUUACACCUUCUCCAAGAAGGAGCAGUACGACCGGCACAUGGAGAAGCACCGGGCGGGGAGCCGCAGGACCUUCCGGCCUCGGCCGCCCGCUGCCAAAGGGAUUCCUGCGGAUCCACCCCAGAGCUCUGUGAGAACCAAAGUCUCCGGGGCCAGUUCCAACGGGAUCCCUACGAAUCCACCCCAGAGCUCUGUGCGAACCAAAGUCUCCGGGGCCAGUUUCUCCUCCCUCUCGGCUGAAGGGCCCGAAGCCCCUCUGGGCCACCAUCCGCCUCCUCCUCCUCCUCCUCCUGCCACGCUCCUGGUGGCCCCGAACGGAGAAGCCAGGGGCCCGGACGUCGGUUGCAUCGAGACAGGGCAGCCCUCCGAAGGUCGCUUCCUGGCUGGGCCGCUGCCUCCCUUCCUAGACCCUCCAGAUGCAGGAGCCGGUGCGGAUCUCGCCAGCUCAGCCGCCACGGAAAGGGCCGCUGGCGCUGCGGCUUCCACGGCUCAUCCCCCCGAGGAACUUGGUGCUCCAGGAAAAGCCCCUGAGAGCGGCCACGCGGAUCCCGCCUUGGGGACGUGGCUCAGUCUUUACUCAGAGGAAGACCCCGUGAGCAAAAAAGCCGGGACUGAGGCCACAGAGGGUAAAACCCAGGGCAGCACCGAUCCUCAUCCGGAUGAAACUCAGCCCCAGGAGGAUGCUCCCAAGCCGCAUUUACGGGAAGCCCCCUUGCGGGGGGUUCCGCCUCUAAAGGACAAGCGAGCCUCCCCUGCCCUCAGCCGGCUGGCCAAAGAGAUACCUUUCAAGAAAAGCACAGGGGGCCAUGGACCGGCGGAGGGGGCCCUGGGUGUGCCCGGCUCUCUUGACCGUGGGGAGGGGGCUCAGAACCCUCCCUGCCCAAAGGACAAGCCUCCUCCGGCGCUGGGCGGCACCGACGUUGCCAACCAAGAACCGGGAAGCCACCCAAUCAAACCGGCCGGUGGCCCCUUCCGAAGCGAGGCGGGGGGAACGCCAGCAAAGCACCACGCUUCUGACCCAAGCCGAUGCCCAGAGAGACCCGUGGCCGGUGGGCAGGCGAAGCUUCACCCGGCAAAAAGGAAAGAGCACAAGUCUUCCCACAAGGGCAGCCCUGCUUCCCAGGAGAACCUCGAGGAAGACGGGAGCAGGAAGAAGAAAGCCCGGACCCAGGAGCCGGUGAGAAAUGACGGCCCUAGAGGCUACCGACGGGCCGACUGGGCGAGUGGGGAUGGCCUGGCGCUCUCUCCGCGGAGGAGGGACUCCCCUUGCCCUAAGCCGACCCCUAAGCUCAAGGUGCCCCUGCCUGCCGGCCAGCUGAGAAGGCUCCUGCCGGACCCUGGUUUCCCGAAGAAAGGGGAGGGGCGCCCCCAUGCCCCCGGAGACGGGAAGCCCCGCCGGAGAGGCCUUCUGGGCAGCAAGGCGGCCCUCCACCCGCUGGGAGCCAAGGACCCCUCCCUCUCCCUUCCCGGCUCUUCAAACCGGCCGAGAGCUCUCCAAGGUGCUAAACUGCCCGACGCCGCUCACAAUUACAGGACGGCGGAAUCCCAGAACAAUCUGCUAAGCCAACUGUUUGGGCAGAAAUUAACUAGCUUUAAGAUUCCUUUAAGAAGAGAUACUUCUGAGUAAUUUAUGAAAGUGACUUAUGGUGAUCCUUCGCUGCUUUCAUGGGGUUUGCAAGGGAGAGGGGGGUUGAAAUUAUCAAAGCAUUAAAUUCGUUUGUGUAGCGAGAUUUCUCUGUCUAGCUUAAAUGAACUUGCACUGCAGCCUCUGAAAUAGUUUUGCUUUGUGUCUUACUAAUCUACUUUAAUUCACCUGAUUUAUCAUGCAAAUGCUAGAACUUUGAUGUUGCUGAUGAUUUCCAUGAACUAAAACUGUAAUCGCUUUGGGCAGAGCGAAGCGUCAAGAGGAAAUGCUUUAUGGGAGAAGUGCUGAGGUUAGAAGGAUCCUUUGCAAAUCCCAACCCCUUUUCAGACAGUGUCUCUGUUAUCUUUGUACAAAGUACUUGAAGAGAUGAACUUCAUUCCAGAGAUGUCUUAUUCAUAAGGUGCAGCACACUGUAGGAAGCGCUCCCUCCACCUCCCACCCCUCCUGGAGGUUUUGCACAAAUAUCCCCCCAAAAAACCCACAUUUAAUUGGGAAGCCGCCUAGGAUGGGAUAGAGGUUUUUUUAAAAAAAAACACACACACACAGACACAUAAACGUGUGUGUGUGUGUGU